AUGGUUUGGGAUCAGCUUGAACCUACACCACCCCAUCUUUCAUACCUUCUUAUCUCGUCCUUCUUGAUUGUCUACUGCCUCUUCGCUACCUUCAUCAGAAACCGCCUUCAUCUGUCUGAACCGCCAUUGGCACUUCUCGUCGGCAUCCUUCUUGGUCCAAGAGUGCUUGGCUGGCUGAACCCAAACUAUUGCAGCCAGCAAGGAUGUUCUGGCGAUGAGAACGAGAGAUGGGGCUGGGGUGAUAACCAGAUCCAGGAGAUUUCUCGAGUCAUUCUUGGUGUCCAAGUCUUCACUGUUGGUGUUGGUUUGCCAAAGUACUAUGCCUCCAAGCACUGGAAGAGUGUUGGUAUUCUUUUGACUCUCGUCAUGACAUUCGGCUGGUUCGUCAGCGCCCUCUUUGCCGCAUUGAUGUUCAAAGUCGAUAUCGCAACUGCACUCGUUAUUGCAGCUUGCCUUACCCCCACCGAUCCUGUCUUGUCCUCUUCCAUUCUCUCAAACAGUCAAUUCAGCACCAGGGUACCGAAGCGUAUCAAGGACAUGCUGUCUGCAGAGUCCGGUUGCAACGAUGGAAUAUCAUUCCCGUUCCUCUAUGUUGGACUCUACGCACUCAUUAAUGCAGAUCCCAAGGAAGCAGUCAAAAACUACUUCCUUAUCACUAUUCUUUGGCAAUGUUCUCUGGGUAUCCUCACUGGCUUGAUCAUCGGCACAGUCUUCAACCGCCUUUUGCGCUUCUCAGACGGCCGCGGCUACAUUGACCCCGCUGGCAUGAUCGCCUUCUACUUGCUUCUUGCCAUCUUCAGCGUCGGCGUUGGCAGUAUUCUAGGCUCUGACGACUUCCUCGUCGCUUUCGGUGCUGGUUACGGUUUCGCUCGUGACGGCUGGUUCAGCAAGAAAACCAAAGAUGCCCACCUCCCAGACGUCACAGACCUCUUGCUCAACUCAGCCUUGUUUAUCUACCUCGGCACAAUCAUCCCCUGGGAGGCCUUUGGCUCCCGCGACAUUACUCCAAACGUAACACCCUGGAGACUGUUUGGAUUCGCAGUCCUGGUCUUGCUUUUCCGUCGCAUUCCUGUCAUGCUAGCGACUUACAAAUUCAACCCAGACAUCCGUACUUUCCGCGAGGCACUCUUCUGCGGACACUUCGGACCCAUGGGUCUAGGUGCAGUCUUCCUUGCCAUUGAAGCUCGUGCGACCCUCGAGACCGGCACCAGCGAGCCAUUGCCUCAUCCUCCGAUCUUCUCACCUCCUUACACCAACCGCGAAAAGGCCACCGAAAUGCUCUGGCCUGUGGUCUGCUUUGUGGUCAUGUGUAGCACUUUUGUGCACGGAUUGAGCGUUCUCGCUCUGAGCAUCUCCAGCCACUUCCGCAGAAAGGAAGGCGAGAGAGCACCGUUGUUGGCCCAGGAGACAGAUCCUCUGGACGGCAUGGAGCAUGAACGUCCCGAAGACCUGCAAAGCACGGACGACGAGGCUUAG